UCAGCACCCCUACAAUAAGUCUCACUUGGCCACUACCGACUCCAAACACACUGGCGUGGGGUCGAUUGUGGCUUUGUGAAUGCUGUGGACUAGCGGAUAGGCAAGCUAAAAGCAAUUACUGGCACCAUGGGAAAGAAAGACGAUUCAAAGCCGAGGGGACGUAUGUCUUCAUACGCCUUCUUUGUUCAAACCUGCCGUGAAGAGCACAAGAAAAAGCACCCGAAUGACACUGUGGUCUUCACAGAAUUCACCAAAAAGUGUGCUGAAAAGUGGAAGGAAAUGACUCCUAAAGAGAAGAAGAGGUUCGAAGACAUGGCUGAAAGGGACAAAGCUCGCUACGAGAGAGAAAUGUCAUCCUAUGUGCCUGCUGGAGGACAGUCAAAGAAGAGAAAAAGAACAAAGGAUCCCAAUGCUCCUAAGAGAGCUUUGUCUGCAUUUUUCUUCUUCUGUGCUGAAGAGAGACCUGCUGUGCGGGCAGCACAUCCUGGUAUAGGUGUUGCAGAUGUGGCUAAGGAACUUGGCAAGAAAUGGGAGGUGUGCCCCAACAAGCCCAAGUUUGAGGAACUGGCUAUUGCAGAUAAAGCCAGAUAUGAAAGGGAGAUGCAAGUAUAUCGUGGAGGUGGUGGGGCUAGUGCACUUCCUAGAGCGUCACCCAAGAAGGCAAAGACAGAGGAUGAUGAUGAGGAUGAUGACGAUGAUGACGACGAUGAUGAUGAGUAAAUGUGUGCCAUGUCAUUGAUGUACAUUUUAUUCUUACUCCUUGCCCACGUUGGUUAUCACUUUAAUGCAUCCCAUUUUUACAUAAUUUUUGUAUAUAGUGUCACAUUUGUUUUACUUACUCUUUGUUGACUUUUCUCAUCGAUAUUGCUCAUCUCUGUCGAAGUGGCCUGUCACUACUGUUCUCCACCAUGAUAUUCCACUGUCAGUGUGGAAAACUUGCUUUUCUAGUUAUCAAGGAAAUAUUAAUAGAAGUCUGUUAAGGGAAAAAGGUUAUACCCUGGUUGCAAAAGAAUGCAGGUGUUUGGGAGUUUUAUUUUCCUUGAUUUACUACAAUUUGUAGAAUCGGUUUUUACUUUAUGUAAAGUUGCGCAUAAUCUGUGCAUUAAAAAAGUCACCGACCAGGCAUGAGUACUGGCGUUGUUUUCUAUUGUUGCAGUAAGAGAAGCCUAGUUUUGUUAUUUGCUUUCUUUCGCUCGUUAGAAAAUUUUGUGAAUGUAGAAAGAGCACAAAAAGAAACCUACUUGUUCACGUUUAAAAAAAAUUUUUUUGGUGGUUGUCUAUUUCCAGUUGGUCAUGAUGUCUGAUAGUUGUUAACUUUCGCCCUGGCAGCAUUUAUAGCACUUUCUUUCACUUUUAUAUCAAGCAGAUUUAUAGGUGUGAAAUGGGCAAUUAUUGGACUCUGCUGAGAGAGUGGUCUGUCAAAAAAUGGUUCUGAACUGAAAGUUAUGGUUUACUUUUUUUUUGUUUCUAGCAAUUUUUGACUUGGUUAUUCUUCUGUUCAAAACUUCUAAAGCUCUCCCAGUUUUUGUGAUUUUGGUCAAACUGAAAAAAAAGUUCUUUUUUCCCUCUUUAGUGUGUGGCUUACUUAUAUCAGUUUUUUUCUUCCAUUUGAAAUUUAGCCCUUACAGCAAUUAUAUUCCAUUAUUCAUAAAGUUUCAUCUUCAAAUUUUGAUUUUUGCAAUGCAUAAAUGGUGAUUUUUAUGUAAUGAUUGUCCCUUUGACUUCAAUGAACCAAAUGAGGCUUUUGAGGUUAGUUUGCCACAGUGCCGGUUUAGUACUCGGGGUUUUGUUUGCUAACUUGUUCACUUUGUUGGACAGUUUUACACACGUUAAGUUUUUCAACUUAUAGUCACAGGGAAGUGCAAUGCGACCGACAGCUUUCUUGGUAUUGUGGCCAAUUUUUUGCAACCUGAGCCUUAUUUGGUCCAUUUUUGCGCAUAAAUAUUUGGGCAUCAGUCGUGGGGGAGGGGGUUGAACUUAUUUUCAAGUAUAUGUGUGUGUUGCUAGAGGUUGAAUAUGGAAGAUUGCUUUGCUUGCAGGUGUGUGAAAGGUUUUGAUAUGGCAUCUCUCAAUUAAAUGUAUAUGUAGACUUUAGAUGUUGUGAUGUUACUGACAAAUGUUGAUCAAGGUAAAAAUGCUGCACACUGUAAGCUCAGUGCCCAACAGUGAUACAUUGUUAUUGAUUUUUAGUUGUUUGACAUUGUUGAUGGUAGUAGCCAUUUUAAAAAAUUCAUUUAAUCAUUGUUUCGCCAGGAACCUUCUUUUAGGGGUUAGUUUGGAGAAGGAGUGGGGGGGAAGGGGAGGGGAACACUGAAUUGUCAUUUACUACCGUAUUUUUAUUCUUCCCCUCCUUAGAACACAUUGUCCUAUUUCAAGUGGCGCAGAAUUUUCAACUGCUGUCCCGUUCUCAAGUUAACAAUGAGUGAUGGGGGGAAAAAAAGGUGAAAAUCACACCUUGUGUUUUUUGACAUGUCCCUUUUUGAAUUUCCGUCAGUCAUUGAUACAGUGAUGUAAGUGGUAGUUUUGAUGGCACGGGGCAGUAUGAUCUCAGUAUGUGUAGAGCUGCUCUUUUCCUUUUCCAAAUAUGGUUUGUGAGACUCCAACAAAGACCUUGAAAUUCAUGUGAACUUGUAUCUUGUGAAAAAUUAAGGGAUUUUGAAACUGUAAUUUCCCGUCAUGAUCAAUUUUGAUUUUGAUAUUUUUUCUGUUGCGGCUUUGCAUUCAGACAUGUUUGUAUCAUGUGGAAAUCCUCAGUUCAUCAACAUCACAUUCUGUAUGCCAACUUUAUUUUGAACAUUGAAAUGUACAUGACCAAAAUUGUUCUUGGAAAUAAAAAAGUUUUAAAUUUU